AUGGGCAGGCCAAAGGCACGAGCUGCCAGGCUGUUCGGUCGGAAGAGGGUUUCAGUUAGGCGCUUCUGCUGCAACCACACCCUGGAGUUUUUCACCAUCUACGAGAUGCCGAAGGUGAUUCGCAUCAAGGGCUCUCUAGUGGGGCUCCUUUAUCGAUUUUUGCAGCUAUCUAUUGUGGGGUAUUUCAUUGGAUGGGUCAUGAUAAAGGAGAAGGGCUAUCAGGCCUUUGAGAACCCUAUUCACGGGGUUUCAGCCAAGGUGCGUGGAACUUUGCUCAGCAGUGCAGACCACCCCACUGGCUAUCUGGCAAGGGGGCAUGUUGUGUACACGGAUGCUGAUUUAGUUUAUCCACCUAUUCAGAACUCGGGCUUCUUCCUGGUUACUCGGGUGUUCAGCAGCGUGGAUCAGCUGCAGUACACGUGUCCAGAGGCCUCAGACCUCCUGGACGCUCGUUGUCGCAGUGACGCGUCGUGCCCUCGCGGUGGAACUGCCGGUGCUUACGUGCCCCAGGAAUACGCCCACCUCACCAACACCAGCUGGUUCGACUUUGAAAGCUACGGACACGGGCCUUUCACUGGACGCUGCCUCUCCAACACCAGGACAUGCGAGGUUUUCGCUUGGUGUCCGAUUCUUGAAGACACUGAUUUUCGCGAUCCAGCUUGGCACACCACCCCCCUGUUCACCCGCGCCUCAGAGACCCACAAUUUGGCCUCAACCGAUUUUUUGGACACCAGCUUCAUCGAAGAUAGGAAAAUGACCAUGAAAAGGGAUUUUCCUGGCCCGGUUGAAGUCACUCCACUGUAUGAUGUUCUUAACUUCACAGUUUUAAUACGAAACAGCAUAGAGUUUCCGUUUAACAAGGUUAAGAGGAACAACAUGCUGACCUGGAUGGACAAUGAUUAUCUAGAGAAGUGUCGUUUCAAUAUAUCAGACAAAAAGGAUCAGCAUUGUCCUACGUUUCUAAUUAAGGACAUCAUUGUUCAGUCAGGUGCUGACAUGUUUUACAUUCUGAACCAGGGCGGUAUCAUUGACAUCAAUAUUAACUGGGACUGCGAUCUAGAUAAGGCCUUAGACAAGUGUAUGCCGACUUAUUCAUUUCGCUACCUAGGCGCACUCACGAAAUUUGACUCGACAAUGAGAAAAAUGGUCCACAUGAACGAGAAAUUCAACCUGGAAUUCGCCACCUACUUCGGAUCUUCACAGCACAGACGUCUGCUUCAUAAGGUCAACGGGAUCCAGUUUCUCAUCACCGUCACUGGGAAGGGCAGGAAAUUCAGCCUGCUUGAAUUCAGCAUGAAGGUGGGCUCGUGCCUAGCAGUCGUCGGCACUGCAACCCUAAUCUGUGACCUCAUUUUAACCAACUGCAGUAGCGACAAACGUCGGUACAAGCGAACCAUCAGUCGGCUUAGUUCGUUGAGUCGAAGCGCCGCCUUCAUUGCGCGUCUGGAACGGAAUUGCGCGCCCCCCAAACCACCACUUCUUCGACCUGAGCGGCUGCCGCACGUCAUUAAGUUCUACGCCAGCGGUUACAGGGAAAGGGUACUGGCGGGAAUUCGGAUCAAUAUUACCAACGAGGAUGGCUACUGCUUGGCGACGAUCGUUGAAGAGGAUCGACAGUGCCCGUCGAUCAUCACGCGACGAUUCAGUCCAGUUGGAAUCUGGUUACGAAGACGUGGACACCAAUGUGCAAGGUCAGAGCGUGUGUUUUCGUGUCAACAUUCUCCCAAUGUACAGCCCCCACGAGCAACAAAGAACCGCGAUGUAUAUUACUGUGUUGGACACGAUCACUGA